CGGGCGGGGAGCGAACUACCGGCUCCCGGGAGGAAGCGGGGGCGGCGGAGGCCGGCAGGAGCGGGGCCUCGGCCCGGGACCGGGAUGCGGUGGCGGCCGGGGACGGUGCCUCCUUGCUCGGGGCGGCACCAUGCACCCGGCCGCGGCGGUGUGCCUGGUGUUCGGCGGCUGCUGCAGCAACGUGGUGUUCCUGGAGCUGCUGGUCAGGCAGUUUCCAGGAUGUGGGAACAUCGUGACCUUCUCCCAGUUCUUAUUUAUCGCCGUGGAAGGCUUUAUCUUCGAAGCCAACUUCGGGAGGAAGCGGCCGGCCAUACCGAUGAGGUAUUAUCUCAUCAUGGUGGCCAUGUUCUUCACUGUCAGCGUGGUGAAUAACUAUGCCCUGAACUUAAAUAUCGCCAUGCCGCUGCACAUGAUCUUCAGAUCGGGCUCUCUCAUAGCAAGCAUGGCUCUCGGUAUCAUCAUUUUGAAAAAAAGAUACAGCGUGUCUAAAUACACGUCCAUAGCCCUGGUUUCCGUGGGGAUCUUCACCUGCACUUUCAUGUCUGCAAAGCAAGUGGCAUCUGACUCCAGCUUAAACGAAGAGGACGGACUCCACGUUUUCUUGUGGUGGCUGCUAGGUAUCGCUGCGCUCACCUUCGCCCUCCUCAUGUCUGCCAGGAUGGGGAUUUUCCAGGAGACGCUGUACAAGCGGUUCGGGAAGCACUCCAAAGAGGCCCUUUUUUACAACCAUGCGUUACCACUCCCUGGCUUUCUCCUCCUCGCCCCAAACAUCUACCACCACGCCGUUCUCUUCAGCCAGUCCGAGCCGUUCCAGAUCCCAGUGAUUGGGCUGACCCUGCCGAUCAUGUGGUUCUACCUCCUCAUGAACGUCAUCACUCAGUAUCCUUCCAGUGUGCACCUUGAGACAAGCUGGCAGGAUGGGAGAGGAGAAAUGGGAAUGACUGAAAUCUGCCACCACCUCCCCAUGGACAGGCUGGCUGGUAAAAUACCGCAGUGGUUCUGCUGGUCAGUAGAAGGAUAAUCGAGAGCCGUUCACAAUAUCCGUGGGCAGUCUCCCAGGCAGCGAGGACAGAUCUGCAGGUCAGAUAAAGCCAAAAUGCACUAGAAAAAAGGGACCCUACAGUCCAGGUCCCUCUCACCAAUUUUUUCUUGUUGUUGAGAGGUCACUGUCCCCUGCUGCUGCUCACACUCCUCCUCGUUCAAUCUGUGUCCCCUCGGGGAGGAGAGGGGACUUCUGCAGAUCCACUGCCAGGCGUAAAGGGAGAAAGUCUGGUUUUAGCACCUGCCAUGGAGCUAAAAGAAGCUGUAAAUGCUGCAUGUCACUAACCUUUUGCUAGCACAUCAGCUCUCGCUGCUGUCCCAGAGCAGGCUCGGGAGAAGUCUGGGAGGUUCAGGCUGUCCCCGAGGCUCAGAGCUGUAGAAACGCUGAGCUCAGGAGAAGGGAUCUUAAAUUCCUCCGUAACCAGACUGGGGUUGUCCGUUGCCCAACCCUUUGCGUUCCCAAAGCCGGGCCGCCCUCCCUCUUCAGCCCUGAUGCCCCCUUACCUCCCCCCCCCACCCAGAUACGUCUGCAUCCGGGGCGUCUUCAUCCUCACCACGGAGUGCACCUCCCUCACCGUCACGCUGGUGGUGACGCUGCGCAAGUUCGUCAGCCUCAUCUUCUCCAUCCUCUACUUCCGCAACCCCUUCACGGCCUGGCACUGGCUGGGCACCGCCUUCGUCUUCGUGGGGACUCUCAUGUACACGGAGGUGUGGAACAGCCUCGGGCCCCUCCUGGCCCGCUGGAGGAGGAGGCCGAAGGAGGAGUAACAGCCGGGGGACUCUCUGCAGGGACCUUUUUAUUAUUUUAUAGAGCAGAGCAGCAGGGAAUUCCCCCCGAGAGGGGUUGUUUUUAUAACAGGGGAGGUGUUGGCUGUGCCAAGCUCCUGGGAAUCAUGGAGCCUCCGCCGGGAACCUGCCUGGAAUGGAUCACGGAGGGAGGAUACAGUUAUUUUUGCAAGGUUGCAUUUUUUUUAUGCAACCCCUUUUGCUCCCCCACUCUAGGGUUUUUUUGUUUUUUUUUUUUUUUCUCUCAUUUAAAUAACCCUUUUAAAUUAAUUUGGAAGCUGACCCAGUCCUCUGCUAGGAGCCCAACCAUGUCGUGGUGCUUUUGUACACUCCUCCCAGCUUCGGUGAGCUGGACCCUGAGCCUGUUUGGUGCCGUCCUUUAACAUCCAGGUCUCUGUAGCAGGUGGGUGAGCCCCUGGGAACCCCCAGACACUGCUGUUUGUGCAGCAGGUUUUCAGUUGCACUGGAAAUGCCAGACCUGGCUGUUAACUUGAGUCCUUGUUGCUUGAUCCUGACUCUUUCUGGGAGGGCAUCGGACAUACUUGUAGCUGCCACCUUCUCCAGAAUCCAGUCAGCCCAAUAGACCUGCACCAGGGAGUGGCUCAGGGGGCUUAGCCCUGAGACCCGGCUGGGAGCCCGAGGAAAACAAAGAGGUGAUGCCAAGGUGCCAAAAUGCCACCGCAUCACCUUCGUGGCUUUCUCGGGGAGGUGGUGCAGUGCUGUCAAGGCUUAGCUGAGCCCUCUUGUGUCAUCCUGAUACCUUAUGAGGUGGAGGGGUCAUAGGUUCCUCCUGCUUCUGUUAGUUCCUCGGUGCAGGUCGCUUUUCCUCCUUUUUCCUUCACCCGAGUGUGGUCUCAGGGGGAUUUGUUGCCGGCAGUCAGCUGUAACAAACCGCUGAACCCCCAACACGCUUGUGCUCUCCCCCAGGCCACCCCUUCAUCGAAUCACAGAACGGUUUGGGUCGGAAGGGACCUCAAAGCCCACCCAAUUCCACCCCCCCUGCCAUGGGCAGGGACACCUCCCUCAGCCCAGGCUGCCCCCAGCCCCAUCCAGCCUGGCCUUGGGCACCCCCAGGGACGGGGCAGCCACAGCUCCUCUGGGCAGCCUGGGCCAGGGCCUCACCGCCCUCAUCGAAAAGAAUUUCUUCCUUUAUCUAAUUAUUAUCUAAUUAAAAUCCAGCCUCUCUUAGUUUGAAACGGUUGCUCCUUGUCCUGUCACUGCACGCCUCAGGGUACAAAUGAUGCCAAGGAACUUGAGCAGGGCCAGUACAGCUGAGCUUUCUUCUGCCGCUGGGCAGGGGCCGGUUUUCCUGUCCCUUCACCCAGCUCUCUCCGUUCCUUUUCUUCUCCCACUCCUUGGGGAUCAGCUUCACCAGGCAUGGGUGACAUCAGCAUCCACCAGGCACGGGGACAAUUUUGCUGAGUGUCACCUCUCUGCUGAUGCUCAGACAGCCUGCGGGAACUCUGGGUGCCUGUCCCCUGCGUGGAGACAGUGUCUCCCAGCGAGGUGAGGAGCAGAGCAGCCAGCCUAGGGGCCGCUCACCGUCGGGCAGAGCAGGGAUUAGUGCACAGCCUUGCCUCGGAGCAAUGGGGAGCACGCACGGUUUUGGGGAGCGCACGAAUUGUUUUUGCUGCCUUGAUUUUCCUGUGCACUUCAUCGUGACUCUGCCCCUGCACAGCCGUGGCCGUGAAAGCAUCCAGCACUGUCAACCUGAUUUGCAUCAAGCCUGGCUAAGGAAGGGCAGGGGCUGUGCUUGGGUGUUCCUCCCCCAGCGUCCGGAUGGCUUUGGGUAUUUAUUUACAUCUCCAACGUCAGACCUGAGGCCGGGCUUGUGGCGGCUUCACCUUGGCCAGCGGCAAAGCGCCGUGCGGCCCCUUUGGGUGUGGGGGGAAGGAGGAGGAAGAGCAAAACCAGGAAAGUCUGUGGGUAGAGCUAAAGGUGGUUUAAUAAGCACAGGAAAGAAGAAGAGCAAAAAUAAACGUGGUGCAAAGACAAUCAGUCACCACCUCGCAGGUAGACCAAUGCCAGCAGUCCCCAGGCAAAAACCACCGUCCCCAAACCCCUUCCUCUCCAUUUUUAUCACUGGUUUUUAUCUGGGGCAGCCGUCCUGGCUGUGCCAGCUUCUUGCCCGUCCAUUGCCUGUGCACAGUAGGGGCAGAGAGGGGAAAAAGGAGGCCUCGCUGCUGUGCAAAUGCUGCUUAGCAAUAGCUGAGGCAUCGGCAUGCUGGUUUAGCCAUGAGCCCUGCUGCUGUUUUGGGGCUGUUAGAGCCAGCAGCACGCUGAUGGGCCCUGCAGCUCAGGUCCUUCCCAGAUGGUGAAGUGGUUUCCCUUCUGGGGUUGGUUUUUCCUGAGCCUGAAAAAAAACAAAAAAAAAAACAAAGAAAACCUCUCGAGUGUCCCAAAUGGGAGAUUUCCAAGGAUUUUGUAGGUGGGGAGGCAGAUCCCCAAGAGCUUCCCUGCACGCAGCGCAGCUCAGCUCUCGCUUCCAGCUGUUUGUACAGGACUGGAGAGAGGGAAAACUGCGCCUGCAGCUCGCUCUUCAAAGCUAUUUACACAGAGCUUCAGCCGAGACAGCGAGGCACGGGCAGGGAAGGCAACCCAAGCCGAAUUCAGCAUGAGAGCAUCAGGGAUGCUACCUGACAGGAUCGUGUCUCGAGGGGGUAAAACACCGCUGUAACGCCGGGCUGCAGGCAGAAGUUGUGCUCACAGCCGGGCAGCAGGAGCUGUCACUCCUGUUUCGGAGCGGUGGCUGUGGGUUUUUGUAGCCUGGCUCGGGGGUUUAGCAAAGCGAGAGCUGAGCGGGUGCCUGAGGGACUGUACCAUACUGUACAUAGCCCCCCUCGCUGGGCCGCCCUUUGUCUCAACGACUUUGCGUGUCGUCUCCAAUUUCUGUGACGCUGGUAGACUUGGGGAUUUUCAGGUUUCUUUUCUUGACCCAUGUGCUGUUCUCGGGCUUCACGCAAGCCAGGUGUCCACCAUGGUUUUUUUUUUUUUGUUGUUGUUGUUAGGGUGUUUCUUUUAACCGUUUACGGUGUGGUCUGUGUGCUUCUGGGUGCGUAUCACUGUUAGUGUCACAGACGUGGCAGCGAUUCCUUCCCUGCUGCAGGCGAGCGGGUGAGCGCGCCUGGUCGUGAGGUGGAGAAAAGGUCCGUGCAGAAGUGCCCCAAUAGCUAAAACUGGUAUUUGAACCCAGCUCCCCCUCCCCGCCC